AUGCAUCGCAACGCACUACGUUAUCUGGGCCAGUUCAAAGACAAUGAAGAUUUGCGCAAACACGAUAUUACUGCUUCUACCAAACGUCCUUCUAGUUUUCACGAUGCAUUGUCAUACGCGCGACCAAGGACGAAGGGAACAAUUUCCAGAAAAGAUGCCCUCCCCGAGAACAGUUCGUCAACUUCAAAGGAGCUGGUAUACCCAACCCUCCCUUUCUCCGCCGAACUGUCCGCGCGCCUCACCAGAGUUUGUGAAGGUUUCAGAGAGCUAGCGUUGCGCAGGAUUCUUUCGACUCCAGUCAUUGAACGGCUAGCCAUGGAAAGAGGCCAAAUUGUUCGCCUCGCGUCGAGAGCAACACGAGACCGCGAACAGUCCCAGGCUCUCCGACAAAAGUUGACACCGAUGGAGCGCCUGAUCUGGUUGGGCUUCUCUGUGUUCCAUCUAUACACUGCCACAUACCAAUUGGAUCGCGAAGAAAUGGCAGAAACAUUCCUCGAGUGCUCGCGAAAGAUGGUCCAUGGCUCUCCAAUAGAAAACGAUGGUCUUUUAUGGGGUGGGUGCGUGGUCACAGCCACCAAAGAAAUUGAAGGUUGUUCGCUCGUCCAGGGCGAAGCCGUGACUAGAACCCUCCUAUCGAGGUUCAAGAUGAGCAUCGAGCAAAUGAACGAUGUGGCACAGAAAUUUCUUUGGAACGAGUCGAUGAGCUCUUGUCUAACAGCGGCUCUGCGUCACCGCUUUAUCGUUGCGCCAAAGAUCGAAGAGACGGCGGAGUGGCGUACAUGGCUUUAA